AUGGAAGGCAAGCAAAGUCGCGUUCGCUUUGCAGAUGAAGAUGGAGGACGCCUGUCGACCGCUUAUCGACAAAUUGUGGCCAAGAUGCCCUUCCUCGAUGUGAAGGAACAGGAGCAGCAACAGCAACCGGAAGAGCUACAGGAAGAGGAAGAGGAACAGAAACAACAAGAGGAGGUAGAAGUGGAAGAGGAAGAGCAUGAGGGUUCACCCAAUCUUUGUCAGCGUUGCAAAGAGCUUGAUCUCGACAUGAUCUUUAAUGGCUUAUGUCUUGACUUAGACUCAGGCAGCGAAAUGGUACUAUCCCUUGGCAUUCUCGAUAAGGACUCUCCAUGCGGGCUUUGUCAGUUCUUCUACUCCAUGCGCCGGCCAAACCUCACUGGUGAAACCACGGGCUUCUAUCACCUACGCAAGUACAUCUUAGAGAACUACCACAUGCCGAAAAUAUGGUCGAACCGUUUUUCCUCGUAUACCGUGUGGGCUGUUGAUCCGGGUUCGGGAUCUCAAGACUUGGAAUGGGGUGGCCAUGGGCUUUCAAUUCAGCACAUGACUGACAGGCCACAGUUAUUGUUUCUCCCGCAAUCCACCCAACCUUGCCCGUAUCCAGAAGAGUGGACCUUUAAGGGAUUACCUGUCUCUGAAACAUCUAUCAACUAUCGUUUACUGCGUCAUUGGAUCAUGGAGUGCGAGGAUCACUGGGGAUGCAGGAACUCCAGCUCCGAACUCAUCAACGCUUACACUGGACCAACGAUCCGUGUGAUUGAUUGCGCAACUCGUCAUAUCGUGGAUCGACAGCCUGGUGACAGAUACAUAGCACUUAGCUAUGUUUGGGGUAACCAGCCGUUGGUUGGGAACAAAGGCAGUCGGGUUCUGCCAACCAAUGCCCCAAAGGUUGUCGAGGAUGCAAUGGUCGUUGUCAAGAGGCUUGGCCAGCAGUAUCUUUGGGUUGACCAAUACUGUAUUGAUCAGCAUAACGAUCAGGACAAACACGCCCAAAUCAAAAACAUGGAUCGCAUCUACGAGGGAUCCCAUGCAACUAUUGUAGCCUUUUCCGGGGUUGAUUCAUCUUCUGGACUCCCUGGCGUCAGCAGCAUACCAAGAACACGGCAACACAGGUUCACAUCUUCUAAAGUGACCUUACUAGGCUUCACACCUCCGAUAACCCGACAACCUUUGGACGCCUCAAUUUGGAUGAAGAGAGGUUGGACCUUUCAAGAAGCCCUUCUCUCACGGAGAUUGCUUAUCUUCACCCAAGAACAGGUGUACUUCCUCUGUUCGCGCGGGUGGUGGGUUGAAAGCUGCACUCGAAGAAGUUGGAUGCGUAAUACUACCAACAAAUUCAAACCAUUCCUCCCGUUGGCAACCGUCAUGACGGUGAAAUCUGCUUCUGCUUCAACCAUCCACUGGGCCAUCAAGAUUCUACUUGCCUGA